AUGUCGAAUCGUUCGCUUUUGGAAUGGGCAGAUGAUCUCGUCACCAUUAAAGGCAGUGUCUCUCAGCUUCAAGCUGCUGUGAACCAGAUCACAGCCAAAGCUCCAACUCCUCAGGAAUUAGCCGGGUUGCUCACAAGUUUGAACGAAUCACAUGACCCUAAUGACAAGCCCAUAAUUGACAAGCUAAACGGAUUCUUUGCCUCUCCACACAUCAAAGUGGGAGUCCGUUUGCGACAGUUGUACGACAGCAAACAAUUGCCUCUUCUCUCGGCUCUUUGCAAGAUUAACUUCAAGAGUGCUAAAGCCGAUAAGUACUCUUCGUAUUUCCUCGAGUUUGAUCCGUCAAACUCCCCCGAAACGGUCUCAGACGACGACGAUGCCAGCACAAGUAAAGAAAAAAAGGUUGAUGUCUCUUCCUACCCACCGAUGAUUCCACCCAUCUCCAAUGAUGCACUUUUGCUUCGUGUAAUGACAGACAAAUCAUAUCACCAACCUAGUGAUAUACUUGAGCUGGAAACGAGGACUCACGACAUUAAUCGUACGCACAAUGAAAAGCUUAGUAUCUUAGGCAGAUCCUUGUUGGAGUUGCUCCUUUACCAGAUCUUGGAUGAAAGAUUCCCUAAUAUGUACGGUGAAGAAAUGUUUGUAUUUCGUCAUAAAUUGUUAUCCCCUGGCAUUUUGACCAAAUUAGCAUUCGGCUAUAAUUUGGUAGACCCAUACAAGUACAACUUGUCCAGUGAAAUUGAUCUGAAUAGGAAGAUGGAGAUUUUUGGUAAGAUCUUCUUGAGCUAUGUAGCUGGGCUCUCUAUGGAUGGAUAUACGCAGUCUGAGAUUAAGUUGUGGAUAAGAAAGUUAUAC